AUGAAUAACACAUGCUGGGCAGCUAAUGAUAAGACUUAGCAUUUGACUAAAACAUUUAGAGUUAAUUAUACUCCAACUAUGAAAGCUUUUAUGUUUCUGAUACUUGUAUAUUAUGCGAUCGAGUUUUUGAGAUGCGGAUUAUUUGUGCUGUUUGUUUUACUCAGAUGGGACUUUUGUCAUUAGAUUUAUACAUUUACAGCCUUUAAUGAGAUAUUAGUGCUUUUGCUUACAGUUGGUGUGCCUGUAGUUAGAUUUACAUAUCCUGGACAAUUAUGCAGUGGAGAUCAUCCCAUAUUUAGUUUUGAUGCUAAUUAGAAGGAGUAUGGGUAUUGGCUGAAACUAUAUUUAAUGGAAUCUUCAAAGCCAGAAUAUUAUGAGAAGCCUCUCAGCUAAAUGAGUGAUGAUGAAAAAAACUUAUAUUAUGUAAGACUUAUGGAAUAAGUUAGGGAAACUCAACGAAAGGCAAAGGAGACUAUGGAGAAGAAUGCUAUAGCAAAAGUAGGGAUUGAAGGAGCACUGAAAGCCAGUAGAGAAGUCGAGGAGAGAUAUGAGAAAUUUAAAUCAGAUUUUGGAGUUGCUAUAAACAAAUUAGCAGUUUCUCUCAAAGAUACAGUUACCUCUCAAAAUGUAGAAUACACUCAUAAACCUGUUGAAGUAACAGCGAUCAAAGCAGCUGAAUAUCUAAAGAAUUGCAAAAACAUUAUGAUACUAACAGGAGCAGGUCUAAGUGCAGCCAGUGGCAUACCUACAUUUAGAGGAAGCAAUGGCUUUUGGACAAAAUCUUACGAGGGCAUCGAGGACCCAACUGAGAUCCUAACUCUAAAAUGCUUUGAUUAAAAUCCAUCUAUAGCUUGGCAGUGGCAUUAUGACUUUAUAGAUUUAAUGAAGACCUGCAAACCGAAUAAUGGGCAUCAGGCAAUUUAUGAACUUCAAAAAUUUUCUAAAAAUUAUCCUAAGAAGUUGAACACUUUACUCGUUACAUAGAAUAUCGACAACUUUCACACUGUCACUAUUUAAAAUAACAAUUAAGCUAAAAAGAUUGACAAAACAGAAGGAACAUCGAAUUUUGCCUUUACAGAGGAUGUAUUAGAGGUUCAUGGCAAUGUAUUGUAUAUGAGAUGUUAUAAAAAUUGUUGUAACGACUUUUACCUAAGCCCAGAACCACCUAUUGAUCCUGAGGAAAGAAGAAGUCAUGUGCCUUUAUGUCAAAAGUGUGAAUCAGUGAUGAAACCUCAUUGUAUGUUCUUUGAUGAAUCUUAUACUGAGGAGUUAUAUAGAAGCAAAACAGUUUCAGAGUAUCUCAAUGAUAGACUAGACGGGUUGAUUGUAAUUGGGACCGCUCUAUAAACUAGUCUUGCAAAUUAAAUAGUUCAAAAAACUUUAGCAAAACUCGAGGUACCAGUAGUUGAAAUUAAUCCUGAGCCUUGUGUGAAGAAUGGGUUUGGAGUAAUUGUAAAAGAAAGCAGUCUUACUUCUCUACCUACUAUAGUCAAACAGUUAAUUUCACUAAAGAGUAAAUAAAAGUGA